CGGACGUGAAUCCUCGUGCGCUCCUGCAAAAUCAUGUGGCAGUUCAUUAGGUCACGCGUACUGGUGGUGAUAAUAUUUCUCGGUGUUGCCCACGGAUUGCUGAUCGUGGGUCCGAAAUUCAUCCGCUCUAACCACGAUUACAUGCUGGUGAUUAGCAACUUCAACACGAACCUGAAUCAAGUCAACCUGCUGCUGAAUGUGGAAGGCCAAGCGAACGAUGGACGUAACACACUCAACAUCACGAAAUCGGUUGACGUGCGCCGGUUCAGCAAUAAGAUGAUCAACUUCAAGAUGCCCGAGGAUCUGGUGGCAGGAAGCUACAAGAUCACGAUUGACGGACAGCGUGGCUUUAGCUUCCACAAGGAAGCGGAGCUGGUGUACCUGGCCAAGUCAUACUCGGGUCUGAUUCAGCUUGAUAAGCCUAUCUACAAGCCGGGUGACACGGUGAAAUUCCGCAUGAUCGUGUUGGACACGACGCUCAAGCCACCAGCAAACCUUAACAGCCUAGACGUGGUCAUUCGGGACCCGCAGGGUAACAUCAUCCGAAAGUGGCCCAAGGCCCUGCUGUACGCGGGCGUAUUCGAAGGUGACAUGCAGAUCGCCACAACACCGAUGUUCGGCCUGUGGAACAUCUCAGUGCGAGCCGAGGGUGAAGAACUGGUCGCGAAGACGUUCGAGGUGAAGGAGUACGUACUGUCGACGUUCGGUGUGGACGUUAGCCCGACGAUGAUUCCACUCGAGGAACACCAAGGGCUCAGCUUGCAGGUGUUGGCGAACUACUAUUUCGGGAAACCCGUCAGUGGAAUGGCGCAGAUCGAGCUGUUUCUCGACGACGACAAGCUGGACCAGCAGCAAACGAUCGAUGUGCACGGUGUCGGACAGGUUGCACUGCGGUUCAACGGUGACUUCCAGGUACCCCAGGAUGAGGAUCAUCAGAACGUGCAAGUGCGCGUGACGUUUACUGAGCAGUACACAAAUCGAACGGUGGUGAAAAACGUGCAGAUACCGGUGUUUAAGUACCCAUACCGGAUGGAGCUAGUGAAAGAAAGUCCCCAAUUCCGGCCAAACUAUGAGUACCAGUGUGCGGUUAAGAUACAGUACCACAACGGAACUGCUGCGGCAGGUAUCACCGGUAAGGUGGAAGUUUUCGAGCUGGACAUCAGCCGCGAUGAAACGAGUAACAGUGAGGGACUGAUCAAGCUUAACCUGAAUCCUGGUGACAUUGACGAGUUUACCGUCAACAUGUACAUCGAAGAGAACAUGUUUAACUUCCAAGAGCGCGUGGAAAAGGUAGAAACGAUCACGGACGGUUACAUGAAGCUGGAGCUCAGAUCGCAAGUCAAGCUGAACAAUAUGCUCAAGAUCAUGGUGGCGUGCAAUGACCAGAUGGCGUUCUUCGUUUACUACGUCGUGUCGAAGGGAAACAUCAUUGAUGCGGGCUAUGUCCGGCUGAAUCGACAGCGACAGUAUCUGCUGCAGGUGAAAGCGAUGGAAAGUAUGAUCCCCAAGGCGAAGAUUAUUGUGGCCACCGUCACAAAUCGCAUCGUAUCGUACGACUCCAUCGACAUCGACUUCCAGACGCUGCGGAACAACUUCGACUUAACGCUGGACGAGAACGAGGUGAAACCAGGCAAUCAGAUUGAGCUACGAAUGAGCGGUAGGCCGGGAUCCUAUGUCGCGCUGGCAGCGUAUGAUCAGAGCCUCCUGUCCUACAACAACAAUCACGACGUGUUCUGGGAGGACAUCUUGCAGGUGUUCAACGGUUUUCACGCCAUCGAACCGAACGAAUACGAUAAAUUGCACAGCAUGGGCUUAUUUGGGAGAACGCUGGAUGAUAUCAUGUUCGAGGGUGCUAGCGACAAGUUGGCACGCGAUGGCCUCAGUGUGGGAGAUCCUUCGGUCAAACUCACCUCAUAUCGCACAAACUUCCCCGAAUCCUGGCUGUGGCAGAACGUAACCAUCGACUAUUCGGGCAAGCGCAAGAUGAUCGAAGUCGUCCCGGACGCAACUACCUCGUGGCACCUGACCGGGUUCUCGAUCCAUCCGGUGUACGGUUUGGGCAUCGUGAAGAAACCGAUCGAGCUGACGACCGUGCAGCCGUUCUACAUCGUCGAGAAUCUACCGUACUCGAUCAAGCGCGGUGAGGUGGUUACGCUGCAGUUCACGCUUUUCAACAACCUCGGUGGGGAGUAUGCCGCUGAUGUGACGCUCUUUAACGUGGCGAAUCAGAUUGAGUUCUACGAACGUCCGUCAGAAGAUGUCAGCUUCAUGAAGUCGAUUACUGUACCACCGAACGUGGGCGUGCCGAUUUCGUUCCUCGUGAAGGCACGUAAACUCGGCGAGAUGGUGGUCCGCGUGAAGGCGAAGAUCAUGCUCGGGCUGGAAACGGACGCGCUUGAGAAGGUGAUCCAUGUGAUCCCGGAGAGCCUGGUGCAGAAGCAUACCGAAUCGCGAAUCUUCAGCUACGACACGUACGACAACGCGUCGUUCCCAAUUAACUUGAACAUCAACAAGAAGGCUGAUGCCAACUCGACGAAGAUCAAGUUCGAGGUGAAAACCAACCUGCUCACGUCGGUGGUCGAGAACCUGGAAAACUUGCUAGCCGUGCCAACGGGAUGCGGCGAGCAGAAUAUGGUCAAAUUCGUGCCGAAUGUGGUCGUGCUCGACUACCUAACCGCGAUCGGGUCCAAGCAGCAGACGGUGAUCGAUAAGGCCACACGGUUGCUGCGUGAAGGCUACCAAAACCAGAUGCGAUAUCGCCAGUCAGAUGGUUCGUUCGGUGUUUGGGCGAACGGCGGUGGUAGCAUGUUCCUGACCGCAUUCGUCGCUAAAUCAAUGCAGACGGCUUCGAAGUACAUCAGCGAGGUGGAUGCAGGUAUGGUGGAGAAGGCAUUUGAAUGGAUUGCCAAUCGGCAGCAUGCCUCGGGCAGGUUCGAUGAGGUUGGGUCCGUUAUCCACAAGGAUAUGCAGGGUGGGUUGCGAAACGGAAUCGCCCUGACCGGGUACGUGUUGAUCGCGCUGCUUGAGAACGAGAGCGCGCGGAUCAAACACGCGCAAGUGAUCGAACGUAGUCAGAGCUAUCUGGCACAGAGUCUACCCGGUAUCAGUAAUGCGUACGAUAUGUCAAUCACAACGUACGCGCUGCUACUGGCCGGGCAUCAGGAUAUGGAUAAAGCGUUCGAUAAGCUGCUUGGCAUGUCGACGGUGCUUAACAACGGCACCAACGAUCACCAGCGCAUGUGGAACACACAGUGGACAAGCGUGGAGACGACUGCUUACGCGUUGCUUUCGUUCGUGCAGAAAAAGGUGUAUCCUGAAGGUAUCCCUGUGAUGCGGUGGCUCGUGAAUCAGCGCUACGUGACUGGGAGUUUUCCGCGCACGCAGGACACCUUCGUCGGGUUGAAGGCGCUUACGAAGCUGGCCGAGAAGAUCUCGCCCGCGCGUAACGCUUACAGCAUCCAGCUGAAGGGCAAAAAGUUGAACAAAAACUUCCGCGUCAGCUCGCAAGACAUCAACAACAUGCAGUUCCUUGAGAUACCCAGCGAUACACGCGCGCUCGAGAUCGAAGUCGGUGGUAUUGGGUUCGGGCUGUUCGAGGUGUACUACGAAUACAGCUUGGAUUUGCAGAAUUUUGCGCAUCGCUUCGAGCUGACGCUCGAGAAGCUGAGCGCUGACUACGAGCUGCGGAUGCGUGUGUGCACCAAAUUCAAGCCAAUGUUGGCCGACGAGAAAUCCAACAUGGCGCUGGUAGAGGUGAACUUCCCGAGCGGGUACGUGGUUGACAAGAAUGCGAUCAGCGACCCGACGCUCGUCAAUCCGAUAAAGAAAACCGAGAUCCGGUUCGGUGGCACGUCCGUCGUUGUGUACUACGACAACAUGAGCAGGGAGCUGAACUGUUUCACCAUCACGGCGUUCCGGCGGUUUAAGGUGGCCCUAAAGCGACCGGCUUUUGUCACUGUGUACGACUAUUACCAUUCAAACUUGAACGCCAUCCAGAAGUACGAGGUCGACGAUUAGCGAGCAUUUACGAGGGCAUCGUAUGUUUCGAUGAGGAGUCCUGUAUGUGCUAAUUUCGAAUAAAAAUGGUUUUACC